AUGUCUCGGAAAAUUCAACUGGUGCGCAUCGCACAUGUCUUUUACACCCACAAAGACAUCGAUAAGGCGCGCAUGUUUCUGGAGGAUUUUGGAAUGCACGAAACAAAGCGCGUGGGGGACGAUUUCUAUUAUCGCGGCACCGGCUCUGAACCAUUUGUUUACUGUGCGAGAAAGGGUCAAGAAGAUGCUUUUGGCGGGGCCGCAUUUGUUGUGGAAUCUGAGACAGAUCUUGAAACCGCUCAGGCUUUACCCGGUGCGACCAAGAUAUAUGACUUAACUGAUGCGCCGGGGGGAGGAAAAUGCGUUACAUUUUCCGACCCCGUCGAUAAAUUCCCCUUCCACCUUGUUCACGGUCAGACCACGCUGGCGGAUGUGAAGACACUACCUCUGUUAGAUUUCAAUUUUCCCGAGGUAAAGCAUCGCCCGGGCAAUAAGACCCAGCAAUUUCAGAAAGGUCCUGCACCAGUGCACAAGCUGGGGCAUUUCGGGAUGUGCGUUACCGAUUUCACGAAAGCAUACGACUUCUAUACAGUACACUUCAAUUUCAAGGCAAGCAAUCUGGUUUACGACGAUAGCGGAAGGGACAUAACUACUUUUCUUCAUCUGGACCGAGGAUCUGAGUUCGUGGACCACCACUGUUUCUUCUUUUUUGAGGGGCCGAAGCCCCAUGUACAUCACUCGUCAUUCGAGACCCAUGACUUUGACACGCAGCUUUUGGGUCACGACUGGCUCCGCCACAAAGGGUAUGAGAACUGCUGGGGGGUAGGAAGACACAUUAUGGGCAGUCAAAUCUUUGAUUAUUGGUUUGACACUUCUCGUUUCAUUGUUGAACACUACGUCGACGGUGACCUGGUCAAUGAUACCAACCUUACGGGCCGAGAGCUUGCCUCACCUAGCAACUUGCAUGUUUGGGGGCCUGACCUUCCUCCUACCUUCAUGAUGUAG